GUUGCGGCAAUCUGUCAACAUUUUUAGACAUUUUUAAAACCAAACGAAUUAUUUGUUGUUGGCACAUAAUACCACGCGUUGUUGGUUUUGUUGUGUCUAAAGAAAUAAUAAUGAGUCAAAUCAUGGAAAAUACGUGUGUUGGUGGCGAAGAACUCAUGAAGCUACAUUUACAAAUAGCUGAUAAGGAUAAACAGGAAGAUUUUGCCACGGCCGCAGUAACCACUGAGACGAUCACAAAACUCAACGUAUCCAUCGACGCUCUCCCUCAAAAAACCCAACUACUCCUCCAAAAAGCCUCUCAACUACAGCAAGCAUUGGACAUCGACCAACUCGACCCAAUCGCCAUCUCCCUACGUCAUUCUCGAGAACUAGCAGAUGAACUAGACGACGAAUACGAGUUACUCAAACUUACACAGAAGAACGAAGUGUUGCAACGGAAAAUAGACCGUAAUAACAAGUUCAUGGAAGAGUUGAGGAGGGAAUUAACAUGCUCGAGGGAGAGUUUGAGGAUGCAGAACCCAAAUCCGGAGAAUAUUCAGGAGUUGAUGCGGCAGAUGAGGCAGAAGGUGUUUGCUUAUGAGGAGAGCUGUGAGUUGGCUAAGACAAAGUUCAACAAACUCUCCGUACCCGAACCGUGCUAUCCCAAGUCCUUAGCGCUGUUGGCCUCGACCCUGGAGUCUCUCAGAGCUGAAGCCCUGUCGCUGCAGCAGCGGGCUGAAGACAUCACUCUUGCGAGAGAAGCAAGGGAACUCCUGGGUGCUACCAGGAGAUAAAACGUAGCCCGUCUGAUGGUAAGCGUUCAUCAUAGCCUAUGGACGCGUACAACUCCACAAGUGUUACACACACAUUGCCGAACUGUACUCACUGUGGUAUACAGCAUAGAUUAAUAUAUGUUAUUACUGUGUAUACAGCGCGUGCCAAAGCAACCAUGUCAUUAAAAAGCAACUAUCGUGAUAGUAAUGAUAGUAUUAAGGUUCAAAAUGUAAUAGCCCAUUCUGAGAUAACGAGUUUGGGUAAUGAAGGACGAACGGUUGCCUGUGUGUGGCCUUAGAAUACAGAGCUGCUAUAUAAAUUUGAACCAUAUAAAUAGGACGGUAAAAUUUCUUUUUACACGAGUUUGUUCCCGUUCAGUCAGUAGCGGUAGCAUUGGUAACCGCUGAACAAAAGAAACAAAGGCUUUUGUUUAACUGAUUUGAAAACAUUUAAGAAAAUUCAUACUAUACCACAGUGAGUACAGGGUUGACAAUUUCAUUCUAUUCAGUGUCAAUCGUUGGUACAUUUACUUUUCAGAAUAAUUUAUUUUUAAGUAGUUUUCUAGGUUUCCGUGGUACUCAAUUUAGAAACCGAAUAAUAAAUACAUUUAAGUGAGAGGGUGUU